ACGAGGCUGACCAUGGCAUCAUAUGGACCACUUAUAUUCCUAAUAACUUUCCUGAUUGGAAUGAAAACUGCAUUCACUGCAGGUGACAGUUCAGCUACGACCACGUCGUACGAUUUCACCUCUAAUCAGACUUUCGCAACUACAAGGUUCAACACAAGACAGACUCCAACGGAUAGAAAAGUUGUUCUUGGAAAGAGCACCGUUUUCCCCACGACUGCAGGACCGGCGGUCAGAACUACUGCAAAAGCUUCACGGCUGACCACCGUGGUCAGCUACAACACUGAAGACCUGAGAGAGAAAAAUGAGCAGAAGCCGAUUAAAGAAGACGAUGAGCCACCAAAAUUAGAGUGUCCCCCGCUGGGUCUAGAAUCUUUGCGGGUGAAAGAUGCCCAGCUGCAGGCUUCGUCCUACAAGCGGCGUGGCCUGGGACCCCAUCGUGGCCGACUCAACAUACAGUCUGGUAUUGAGGAUGGGGAUAUCUAUGAUGGAGGCUGGUGUGCACGGUAUGAGGAUAAAGACCAGUGGCUGCAGGUGGAUGCCUUGAUGGCCACUCGCUUUACAGGGGUCAUCACACAGGGCCGUAAUUCCAUCUGGAGCUGGAAUUUAGUAGAAACCUUCAAAGUGCAGUUCAGCAAUGACUCCAUCAGCUGGAAGCCAUGUAUGAACGGAACGCAGGAGGCGGUGUUUGAGGGAAACCAGGACACCGAAACCCCAGUGCUGGCGGUCUUCCCCGAGUCUACAGUGGCGCGCUACAUUCGGAUCAACCCUCAGACCUGGUUCAAGAAUGGAACCAUCUGCCUCCGUGCAGAGGUGUUGGGCUGUGCACUACCAGACCCAAACAAUAUCUACCAGUGGCAGGCACAGCAGGAAGGCUAUCAGGAUAAACUGGACUUCAGGCAUCACAACUACAAGGAAAUGAGAAAGCUGAUGAAAUCCGUGCAGGAGGCCUGUCCAGACAUUAUGCGCAUCUACAGCAUUGGAAAGAGCUACUUGGGCCUCAAAUUGUACGUGAUGGAGAUCUCCGACAACCCAGGCAAACACGAACUGGGUGAGCCAGAGUUCCGCUAUGUGGCUGGCAUUCAUGGGAACGAGGUGCUGGGCCGUGAGCUGCUGCUGAACCUGAUGCAGUAUAUUUGCCAGGAGUACAAACGUGGCAACCCACGCAUCAUCCAUCUGGUCAAGGAGACGCGCAUCCACCUGCUGCCCUCCAUGAACCCGGACGGCUAUGAGGCCGCUUACAAAAAGGGCUCGGAGCUGUCCGGGUGGGCCCUGGGCCGCUUCAGCUACGAAGGCAUCGACAUGAACCACAACUUUGCUGAUCUGAACACAGUGAUGUGGACAGCUAUCGAACUGGAGACAGACGAGUCCAAACUCAUCAACCACUACUUUCCCAUCCCUGAACAGUACACAUCUGAGGAGGCCUUUGUGGCCCCUGAGACACGGGCAGUGAUCAGCUGGAUGCAGACCAUCCCCUUUGUGCUCAGCGCUAACUUCCAUGGUGGGGAGCUGGUGGUGACGUAUCCAUUUGACAUGACCAGGGACUGGGCCCCACGCGAGCACACUCCCACUGCCGACGACAGCUUCUUCCGCUGGCUGGCCACAGUGUACGCCAGCACCAACCACGUCAUGUCCAAUCCAGACCGCCGGCCGUGCCACUAUGAAGACUUUGUGAGGCACAACAACAUCAUCAACGGGGCCAACUGGCACACGGUGCCUGGCAGUAUGAAUGACUUCAGCUAUCUGCACACCAACUGCUUCGAGGUGACGGUAGAGCUGUCCUGUGAUAAAUUCCCUCAUGCCAGUGAACUGCCCAUCGAGUGGGAGAACAACAAAGAGUCUCUUCUGAUUUACAUGGAGCAGGUGCACCGAGGAAUUAAAGGGGUCAUUAGGGACAAAGACACUGAAGCUGGAAUUGCAGAUGCCAUCAUCAAAGUGGACGACAUCGACCACCACAUCAGAUCUGCUUUCGACGGGGACUACUGGCGCCUGCUAAACCCUGGAGACUACCAGGUAACCGUGAUGGCAGAGGGCUACUUCCCAGCCACUCGUUCCUGCAGAGUGGAAUAUGAGCAAUACCCCACCAUCUGUGACUUCCACCUUACCAAGACCCCCAAGCAGCGGCUGCGGGACAUCCUGGCUAAGGGCGGCAAAAUCCCCAAGGACCUGCAGCUGCGUCUGAGGCAGCUACGCAUGCGCAAACUUCGUACCACCACCAAGACCCUCAACCAGCGGCGAAUAGCGCAACAGCAAAGGGCCAGGAAAGCCCGUCGCUAGAGUGAACUUUGACCUGUUUUGCGGGCCAAUUACAGGACUUCACUUCAUCUGCAAGGUGCUACUUAUGGAGGUGGUGUUUUGGAGAGGGGUUAGGCAAAAGUUUGGGGAUAAAUGAACAUACUUUAUAGUCUAGAAUUAGAUUUAAUGUAUUAGAUUCUCUGUAUUGUUGGCCAGAUUUCCUUGGACGGUCAGCGCCAGUUAUGGAAGUAUUACACGAUCAAAAUUGCUCCAUUUAUAUGGAUUUAAGCUCAUACAGCAAAAUUAUAACAUUCAUUUUCACAAAAUACAAUGGCCCUCAUUUCAUAACAGUUUAGCUAUUCACCAAUUUCAUCUUUGCUGCAUCUCUACAGUCAAACUUAACUCUGGCAGGCGUGUAUGUAUGUGGAGCGUAAUGGUUUAAUAACCCGUAAAAAUGCCAGAUUUGUGGUUAGCUAACCAAAGCUGCUCUCAAUAUCAUCCAUAACACCCGUAAUAACAAUAAAACUAGAAAGCAACAAAGAAUAUCGAUGAUUUGAACACUUGGCAAACUAGUACCAAAGUGGAGGUACUUAUUUUGCAUGUCUUCGUAAAUAUAAAUGUUGCAAAUAUUAUGCCAUAUUACAUUUACAUAUUACAUAUUACAACACAAAUGUUUGCCAUAUUACAUUUUAAGACAUUACGCUACACAACAGCAUCAUUCUACUAUCUUAGAAAACAACAGAGAUGUUUAUUUCACAUUUUAUUCUUUCUAGUUAAAAUAAGGGCCAAUGUGUCAUAUUGUUUCUGGGCUGGAAUGGAUGAAAAAAAUGUAGCUCCACAUUUAAAACAGGCUUUGAAAAACUACAUGAUUUAUUUUGAAGGUUUGCAAAAGUGCAUUGUUUAAGAAGGAAUAGGAUGGAAAAUACUUUCAACUGGUAAACACAAUAAUUGUGUUUGGUAUGGUGUAGUGAGCAAAACCUCUGCCUUCUACGCUGUAGACUGGGGUUCAUUCCCCUGCCUGGGUAAACACCUUACACUAUAGAGUCCUCGGGCAAGACUCCUAACACUACCUUGGCCUGCCUGUGUAAAAUGACCAAAUUUUAAGUCACUCUGAAUGAGAGUGUCUGCCCAAUGCUCUUAAUGUAAUGGCAUAAUGGCCUGACUGCUUGUGCAGUUUAGACCAUUACUAUGCAAAGGUUGUUGCCUGUUUACUCUAUAAUUGGUGUAAAAUGGUCUUUUUUAAGAUACAUGCAGUAAUCAAUUAUAUAAUUUAUCACAACAACAUCAUGUCAUGUUGCCUCCUCCUGAGCUACACUAUAUUUCCAAAAGUAUUCACUCACCUAUCAUAUUCAUUAAAUUCAGGUGUUCCACUCACUUCCAUGGCCACAGCUGUAGAAAACAAAGCACCUAGGCCUGCAGACUGCUUCUACAGACAUUAGUGAAAGAAUGGGUCACUCUCAGGAGGUCAGUGAAUUCCAGCGUGGUACCGUGAUCGGACGCCACCUGCGCAACAAGUUCAGUAGUGAAAUUUCGUCGCUACUAAAUAUUCCACAGUCAACUGUCAGUGGUAUUAUAACAAAGUGGGAGCGAUUGGGAAUGACAGCAACUCAGCCAUGAAGUGGUCGGCCAUGUAAAAUGACAGAGCAGGGUCAG